GAGUUUGCUUGGUCGCAAGAAGUUAAUGUUGCUGUUGUAUUAUUUUGACAUUUUUUUUUUUUUUGAAAAGUAUAUUAUUUUGACAAAUUAGAAACUUUAUUUGACUCCUAAUCUAAACACAUUUCCUUUAAUCAUCAAAUGAAACCACACAAUAAUCUGUCAGAAAAAUUCAAUUACAACACCAACUCUAGAAGAUUUUACAUCUAUUUUAUACUUAAAAAAACAACCAAAAUUUUUAGACCAAAUCCACCAAUUGAGAAAUGAAUGGAAAGCUUCAAGGUGCUAUUAGUUUAUACCUUUCUUCUCUUCAACUUGAUACCAACCUUCAACACCUUAGAAACCAUUGUUUUAGGACAAUCUCUAAAACAAAAUGAAACACUAAUCUCAAAAAAUGAAACUUUUGAAGCUGGUUUUUUCAACUUUCAACAAUCAAAUUUCCAAUAUUUUGGUAUAUGGUACAAAGAUAUUUCACCAAAAACACUUAUAUGGAUUGCCAAUAAAGAUUCUCCAUUACAAAACUCAUCAGGAUCUUUGAAUCUUACUGAUAAAGGAACUCUUGUUGUUCUUGAUUCAAAAGGGGUUAUGAUAUGGUCCACUAAUUCAUCAAAAACAGCUACAAAAGUUACAAAACCAAUUGUGGAAUUAUUGGAAAGUGGAAACCUUAUUGUGAAAGAUGAGACCAACCCAGAUGAUGUUUUAUGGCAAAGUUUUGAUCUUCCUAGUGAUACUUUGAUUCCAGGUAUGCGACUUCGAACCGAUUUAGUAACUGGUGAUUAUAAAGGGUUGGUUUCUUGGACAGAUACAGAAGAUCCUGCUACUGGUUUAUAUUCAUAUCAUAUAGAUUCUACUGGUUUUCCUCAAGUAGUGAUUACUAAAGGAAAUAAAUUAUUGUUUAGAGUUGGUUCUUGGAAUGGAAAUAUUUUAUCUGGAAUUGCUUCUACAACACUUUACAAAGCUUAUAAUUUUUCAUUUGUGAUUACUGAUAAAGAAGUUUCUUAUGGAUAUGAUCUUUUGGACAAGUCAGUUGUUUCGAGGUAUAUACUAACUUCAGCCGGGCAAAUAUCGCGUUACACUUUUUCGGAUCAGUUAAAUAGUUGGCAAAUUUUCUUUGUUGGCCCUUCAGAUCAGUGUGAUAAUUAUGCUCUAUGUGGUGGAAAUGCUAAUUGUGAUGCUGCUAACUCGCCAAAAGUAUGUGAUUGUCUUGAAGGUUUCAUUCCAAAGUCUCAAGAAAAUUGGGAUUCGCAGAAAUGGUCGGAUGGUUGUGUUAGGAAAGUGAAAUUAGAUUGUGAUAACAACAGUGAUGGUUUUUUGAAGCAUGUGGGAAUGAAGUUGCCAGAUACAUCAAAAUCGUGGUUUAAUAAGAGCAUGAACCUUGAUGAAUGUGAGAGAUUCUGUCUGGGAAAUUGUUCUUGUACAGCUUAUGCAAGUUUGGAUAUCAGAAAUGGCGGUAGCGGUUGCUUGAUUUGGUUUAAUAACAUUUUGGAUGUCCGAAAAUUACCCUCCGGAGGACAAGACCUUUACAUAAGAGUUGCAGCUUCAGAACUAGACCAUAACACAGGCUCGAAGAAGAAGAAGCUCGCUGGAAUUCUAGUCGGAUGUAUUGUGUUUAUUGUGAUCCUGAUAGUAUUAGGAUUCUUAUUGCAUCGUCGGAGAAAGAAACUAGAAAAACCAGGGGUGAUUCCAAUAUUUAGCUCCAAGAAUCAAACUGAAAGCAAAGAAAAUGAUGAUAUUGACAUACCAAUAUUUGAUCUACCAACCAUAGCUAAUGCAACCAAUAACUUUUCCAUUGAUAACAAAUUGGGGCAAGGAGGAUUUGGACCAGUUUACAAGGGUAAAUUGGAAAAUGGACAAGACAUAGCUGUGAAGAGGCUUUGCAAUACUUCAGGACAAGGACCAAAAGAGUUCAUAAAUGAAGUUAAGUUAAUUGCAAAUCUUCAGCACAGAAAUCUUGUGAAACUACUUGGCUGUUGCAUUCAAAAUGAUGAGAAACUCUUGAUAUAUGAAUUCAUGAUCAACAGAAGCUUGGACUACUUCAUUUUUGAUGAAACUAGAAAAAGUUUACUGCAUUGGACUCAACGAUUCCAAAUAAUAUGUGGAAUUGCUCGAGGACUUCUUUAUCUUCACGAAGAUUCAAGAUUAAGGAUUAUCCACAGAGAUCUCAAGACCAGCAAUAUUCUUCUAGACGAAAAUAUGAUUCCUAAAAUAUCAGACUUUGGUCUCGCUAGAACAUUAUGGGGAGAUGAAGGUGAAGGCGAAACACGAAGAGUAGUAGGAACUUAUGGUUACAUAUCUCCAGAGUUCGCAAUCCGUGGAUUUUUCUCAGUGAAAUCUGAUGUCUUUAGUUUCGGCGUUAUUAUAUUAGAGACAAUUAGUGGAAAAAAGAAUCGAGAAUAUGUUGACUAUGACGAUCUUGACCUUCUUGGAUUUGCAUGGCGGAUGUGGUCAGAACAAACACCAUUGAAGCUAAUUGACGAAACUCUACGCGAUUCAUUUGUUGAAGCCGAACCUGAAAUAUCGAGAUGUAUUCAGAUAGGACUUUUAUGUGUUCAAGAGAGAGCUGAUGAUAGGCCAGAUAUGUCAGCUGCAGUUCUAAUGUUGAAUGGUGAAAAAUCAUUGCCUAAUCCAAAGGAACCGGCCUUUUAUCCACACCAAUUAGGAUCUUCAUCAGGAACUAGUAAGCUGCAUUCAAAUAAUGAAGUGUAUUCAAAUAAUGAAGUUUCCAUGACAUUGUUACAAGCAAGAUAGUGUAUAUGAAAAAUGAAUAAUCUUAUGUAUAGGAAUUAAUAUAUUUUUGUAUUUAGAGAGGGGAUACCAAUUUUUAGUAUA